AUGGAGACGCAGGAUAGCAUCGAUAUUGCCAAGUUGCAACGCGUCGCGUUGGGGCUAGAGCACGACCCAUCCCAGUCAUUCUUUUCCGGUCCAGCAGGAAUUGCCAGCGCUUCGCCAGAGCAGCUCACCCAUUCCAAUCACCACCCUUCUGGUCGUUCCCAUGGUGGUGCAUCACCCACUGCCAUAGGGUUAUUAUCGACCUCGUCAUCGAAUCCCUCCAGCUCUAAGCUCAAACACCUUCCUCCCUCAUCCAAGCCUCGGCAACAUGCACUGGACCCCGUAAAGACCUACAAUCCCGCAAUCGACCAGAGCCAAACGAACCCCGUCCCUUCGACACCUUUUGGCAGGAUGGAUUCCGCCGAAGCCGCCCCGGGAGACACCCAGGUUGUCUCGCAGUCAGUGUACGAUAGCAUCAUUCGUCAAAAUGGAGAAUCGAUGUACCAGGGAACCUCACAAAACGGGGCUGAUGGAGCAACCCUUCGAACCUUGCACGAGGGAGAUAGUGGGCAUAUCAAUCUCCUUUCCCAGUUCGAUACUGCACGACACGAAGACAACUUGUCCCAGGACCAAGACGAGGAGAGUAACUAUGAUGAGAACGAAUCUUCUCCGAUGGCCUACAAUCCCGACUUUUUCCCAGAGUCCCAGCGCUUCUUGGCUACAACUCCUGGGACUGCGGUGAAGGUGAACCAGACCCCCGGCACCUCAAUGCGAACACCUAGCAUCUCGCGCAACCCGUUAGCUGGCGAAAUUGAGUCGAGCGGAGGCAUGCUAGCUCUGAGCCAGCUCUUCAAAGCGACCCAGGCCCCUUCGUCGCCGCUGGUACAUACCCAACAGUUGGAGCUGAUAUCCGACCGUCCCUCGCCGAACCUUCCAAUUCAACAUCGUCGCCUUACGAACGCAGUAUCAUCACCCUUGAUAGAACGGCCAGUGCACAUCGCCAGGGAAUCGUCGGAGCCGAACCUUCACUACAUCUCCCUAAAAGAUUCACAGUCGAGGCGUGAUAAGACAUUGGGAGAGAGGCUCACCCGUUCGGCCAAUAACAUGGAGACCAGCGAUGACCUCGAUCAUGAGUUUUACAAAGAGUCGAGUUUUGUUGAGAAUGCACGGCGGCAGCGCCAAAUCGACGAAGAGACUGCUGCCCAAUUCGCUGCCCUCAACGCUCCUUCCGGAUCGACCACCGGCGUAGCCACCUCGCCAAGUCACCCCACUGAUGAACUACGGCCAGAAGAGACUGCACACGAAGCUGCAGGAAGCGAAGAAGAAACAGAACAAGAGGACGAUAUUGGUCCACAGGUGCCUCAAUCGCAAGAGAUCGUGCAGUCCUCGGAGGAGGACAAGGAGAAUUACAACGGUCCCCCAAUGUCCACAGAACCUGCUAGCAGCGCACACGACCGGCUCUCUCAAGCUUUAGCAAUGGAUGAGCAUGCGUCGAUGGCGAAUCAGGGCGCCGACUUCCCUGCUCAAGACUCAGCCCCGGCGGCCUUGGCCAACAACGACCACUAUAUCGGCCGGUCGUCGCAGGUGAUGGUGAAGGAUUCUCAGCAAACACCGUAUCAAUCUCCAAAGCCGGAUGAGCACUCGUCUAAACCACCCUCGCAGCACUAUGACACUUCCGUUGACCAAAUGUCUGACGUGGCAGAAAACUCGCCUGUGUGCCCACGUCUCCGAUCAUCACCACCUGGGUCCCAACAAAAGGAAAGAUCAGGGUCCCAACACAAUACAAACACCGAGAUGCACACCGAAGAAGUGAUUCAGGCUACUUCAUCGAACGAGAUACGACGUGUUCAGUCCAGCAACCCUUCAGAUCGGGAACUACCAGGGCCAAUCCCUUACGGAACGCAGUCGGGUCUUGAGACAAAAUCCUCUUCAAUGCCCUCGCGUGUCACAGAGACCCCCGUUCACCUGCGACCGCAGAUAAGUGAUAUGACUCGCAUGACUAGCAUUCCAGAGACCAGUCCCAACCAGACUCGACCCAAUGAAUGGGAGGGCGAAUCCAACGGCGAUGGUCUCAAUAACGAGGAUGAUGAUCUACCCCCAAUGUUCGCAGUCCAGAGUGUCAACCGACGUUCACGACCAGGGCCAUCUCAAACUCAGUCUUCCCCCAUCAAGAUGAUCCAGGCACAAGAAGUGCAGUCCCAAAUUCUGUCUAGCCCCAGUGGCAGACAGCGACGGGCGUUGACAGCCAUCGCCGCUAGCGCCUCUCCCCAAGUGGACCAUAAAGUGGAUUGGGGACUUGACUUCUUCACGGCCGAGGACGAUGAAUUCAAUGCCCUUGUCAUUGAUGGGUCACCAACACGCCCGAGGAAGAGACGCCGGGGUAAUUUGGGUCAAGCACUUCGGCCGUCCGAUAUAGUACUUCCCUCUACCCCUCGUGCUCAUCCUCCCAAAACCGUGGCUCCCAGUCAACCACAGUCAAGUGCCGAGAAGCCACCGUCAAAUUCACAGGAGAUGCUGGCAGUUCACGUCCCUAUCAGCACAAUUUACUCACAACUAGAUUUUUCCUCCCGGCCCUUUUCACGGUCUGCUUCACGGCCCCCUGCACGAUCUACAUCGAGACCGGCCUCACGAUCAGCUUCACGACCACCCGCGCGAUCUAGGUCACGACCAGCCUCACGAUCGGCCUCACGACCACCUUCACGGUCAGCGUCACGAGCUGCCUCGCGAGCCCCGUCGCGACCCCCAUCGAGAAGGAGCGAAAAUGUUUGGGAGGUUGAGAGUCCGCAGCGUGCUGUUCGACGGAGGUCCAGGUCCAGACCUGGUAGAUUGAUGACUUCGCGGGAUCCUCCACCGCAGCGCAUUCCAGUCAAGUUCCCAGAUGAGAAACCGCCUGCACGGCCUGUGGUUGUGCAUAAUCCCCAACCAGUUUUCUCGUCUGAGCUGACAGACGUCGAGUUGCUUUCGGAUAUUUCAAUGCUGUCAACCAGCAACAUCACAAAGAGUCCCUCAACUACACCUCAGCCGCACCGUACCGCUCCUGCAUCUACCACCGACGACUCCGAAAUUCGUGCACCGAACCAAGUCAUUGCCGUAUGGCAGGGCUCGAAGCGGGCUUACUACCCUGGAACAUGCUUCGGCGCUCCGGUUGGAGUCACCCAGGGCAAAUAUUGCGUCAAGUUCGUAGACAGCCUUCCAGUUGAGGUGAACAAGGGUGUCGUGAAGCGGCUUGAGCUUCGAGUUGGCGACACCGUCAAGGUUGAAAUGCCCGGUUUUCCCAAAGUGGCCCAUGUCAUUUGUGGAUUCAGCGAUCGGCUUUCUCGAGAAGAGAUUCUUCGUGCUGCCGAGAAUGGCUUGUAUCCACAGACCGAUGUACAUGGGUACAGCGCCGUGCUCGUUGCCUCGAGGCAACGCAAUAGUCUGCCCAAUGGUACUUUCAAUACGCCAGAGACCCUGACCAAGGUGCCAAUUUCCCGAAUCUACAUGGAUACAAACCUGUGGAACCGGUUUAAGGACCGAGAGUUCACGCACAAGCCGGACACAGCGCCACUGGAGACCACGUUCCGUGCCUCGUCUAUGAGAUCUUCUUUGCCGACAUCCCCAAAUUCCCGUGCGGCUCGUACUGGCUACGACACCGCUGGCAUCUUCUCAAAGAUGGCAUUCGCCGUUUCCUACAAGGAGAAUGAAGCCUCCAAAAACCGGAUCACGAGGCUCAUACGAGACAAUGGUGGCAUGUUACUUAAUGACGGCUUUACGGAAUUGUUUGAACCCGCCUCCGUCGAGACACCUAAGAAGGGCGACACUAUCGAUGGAGUCUCAACAGUUAAUAGCCUCUCCCUCGAUUCGGACGCAGCGGAGAUUGGUUUCACUUGCUUGAUUGCCGACACACACUCUCGGCGGGAGAAGUACAUGCAGGCGUUGGCUUUGAAUAUCCCAUGUCUGUCAGGCCGUUGGGUUGAAGAUUGCGUUGCUAAGGGUCGCAUUCUUGACUGGGAUAUCUAUCUCUUGCCUGCCGGAGAAUCAUUGUACCUUAACGGAGCCACGAGGUCUCGAAUCAUGGCACCCACCUCACCAAUGGAGUCUCGUCUGUCAGAUACUAUCGACUCACGGCCAAGAUUACUUGACGGGAAAUCUGUCCUUAUUGUUAUGGGCCGUGGAAAAGCAGAGGAAAAGCGCAAGGCUUAUGUCUUCCUCACGCUGGCCUUGGGUGCCUCUCGCGUUGAGCGUGUUCCUGACCUCGAGACGGCCAAGGCCCUUUUGGACUCUCGGGUUGAAGCCUCCUCUGCUUCCGGUUGGGAUUACAUUUACGUGGAUGAUGCAGACCAGACUGCUGCAAAAUCUAUGUUGGCUUCUUCCAAAUCACAACCCGUCAAUUUUGUUAACGGGAGGAAGAGGAGGAGAUCGACUGUGACUAUGUCGAGACCCGAUUUGACAACUCUACUGGGCCCUCAGAUCGUGGGCAGUGAGUUUGUCUGCCAAAGCUUGAUUCUGGGACGGCUGUAUGAAGAGUGA